UGCUGCUGCUGCAGUGAGCGCCGCCCCGCGCCCCGCCAUUGUCCCCGCCGCUCCGCCUGUCGCGCCGGGCCGCGGACCGGGAGGCGGGGGACGCGCAUGGGUGGGCGCCGCUGAUGCCGCCGCCGCCGCGCCGCCCUCCGAGGCUGCGUCCCGGGAAGCCCGGACCUCCGCGCUCCUCGGCCCGGCCCCGCGCCGCGGACUGGAGCGCGCCCCCAUGGAGGCGCCCGGGCUGGCCAAGACGGCCAAGGCGGCCGCGACCGACCCCGAGCCUCAGGAGAGCCGCGGGGAGACCCCCGACGGGGCGCCCGCGCUCUGCCCCAGCCCCGAGGUGCCCUCGCCCGAGCCGCCAGCCUACCGCCUACAGGACUUCGACACGCUGGCCACUGUGGGCACCGGGACAUUUGGACGGGUGCAGCUGGUCAAGGACAAGACGGCCAAGCAUUUCUUUGCUCUGAAGGUCAUGAGCAUCCCGGACGUCAUCCGCCUAAAGCAGGAGCAACAUGUACACAACGAAAAGUCGGUGCUGAAGGAAGUCAGCCACCCCUUCCUGGUCAAGCUGUUCUGGACGUGCCACGACGACCGCUUCCUCUACAUGCUCAUGGAGUUCGUGCCCGGCGGCGAACUCUUCAGCUACCUGCGCAACCGGGGCCGCUUCUCCAGCAGCACGGGGCUCUUCUACUCCGCGGAGAUCGUCUGCGCCAUCGAGUACCUGCACUCCCGGGAGAUCGUCUACAGGGACCUGAAGCCCGAGAACAUCCUGCUGGACCGCGAGGGGCACAUCAAGCUCACGGACUUCGGCUUCGCCAAGAAGCUGGUCGACAAGACGUGGACCCUUUGUGGAACGCCCGAGUAUCUGGCCCCUGAAGUCAUCCAGAGCAAAGGCCACGGGAGAGCCGUGGACUGGUGGGCGCUCGGCAUCCUGAUCUUUGAGAUGCACUCAGGGUUCCCUCCGUUUUUCGAUGACAACCCGUUUGGCAUUUAUCAAAAAAUCCUUGCAGGCAAAAUAGAUUUCCCCAGACAUUUGGAUUUCAGUGUAAAGGACCUCAUUAGGAAAUUGCUGGUCGUUGACAGAACCCGACGCCUCGGAAACAUGAAGAAUGGAGCAGAUGAUGUAAAGCGACACCGGUGGUUUCGAACUGUGGAUUGGGAGGCGGUCCCACAAAGGAAACUGAAGGAUGAUUUAAACCUGCUGGGAACAAAGAGCUGCACAUCCGCUGUGAAGAAGGGUCGCGUCCACGGGAUAAGGAUAUUUCCGUAUUCUAGAAGUCCGGAUGUACAUAAAGAGACUGCAUAUCCGUACAAAGUCAUGGACCUGGCAUUAUUUAAGCAACUGGAAAUUAAGCAUCAUUAAGCAACUGGAAAUCUACUGCACAGUAGGACCUUUCAGAAAAUUGUUUGGUUGUAGAUUUUUAUCUUAUCUCUUCGUGUGAUGAACCUA